CCAAGAACCAUUCUCCCGGGUGAAACAUCGUGAAAAGAAGCGUCGGCCAACAUGUUCAAGGUGCUGUGUUUGCUUGCUGUUGUCGUGGUAGUGUCGGCUGGAGUUGCCCAGCCAAGGGCCGCUUUCCAACAGCCUCGAAUCGUGCGACGUGAAGCGGUUGCGCCAGCAGAACGCAAGGAGCUUGUGGAAGCCGUUGAGGAUAAGGAUGAUAUGGAGCAGGCGGAAACGUUCGGGUUCGGAUUCCAUAAGGUGGUCCACGUUUAUCCGAGCUUUUACCCGGGAUACUAUGGAUACGGCUAUCCCGAUUACUACUACAAUUACUACGGACCGUACUUCUAGAGCACAGAGAAUAUGUUAAUAAAGCCUGCCGAACCACCAA